CCAUGAAAUAAAGCGUGUUGGUGAAGUUUCAGAGCAAGCGUACUGAUGACGAGUUGUAUAUAAGGAUUUUACCCAUGGCACAGUUUGCAAGUGCACCUAUCGGUUCCGAGCGUUGUUCAACAACAGUAAUAGUGCAUGUUUACCAUGUUUCCUCUGUGGGUCACUGCUGUUAAGAGAGCACAGGACUACCCUCAUCAUAGCCCUGAGUUUGCCAUACCACAAGUCAUUGUGAUCGGUGGACUUUUUCUGCUCAUCUUGUCGAAAUCGGUCACCGCGUUUCCAAGGCAUAACGAGCGAUCACUCCAGGGCACGGAACUGAUAACGAGCAAGUCCUUCUACGACAAACUACUCCACCCGUGCAAACCUGAUAUCCUGGAACACGUCAACUCUUCCGAAAGCAACGCGACAGACGAGUUCUCCCAGAGUGCCAUCAGAACUAUGUUACUGCGAGCCAGAGCAGUUCAGAACAUCGCCGUACGAUUUAUGGCCCAGAACUUCCCGUACAACUGCAGCUGGUCUGGUACAAUGGAAAUCCCCAACCAGGCGGCACUAGGGAACGAAACGCAGGCACGGGCAAUUUCGUGGAUGUACAAGUACUUAUUGACACACAGUGCUUACGCCUAUUUUCUAUACGAGGAGACGCAAAUGUAUCCGGAAGAAGACUGCCUUCCUUCCACACGUCCAAGUGUGGAAACGCUGCGUGAGAACGCCGAGACCUUCGCAGUGCAACUCCGAGACGUCCUUUGUGUCAUCAAGAUGGUCUCACUAACGCACGGAGGAAAUGUGGGAUUCGAGCAGUACGAAAGAGAGCUACCGACCCUCAGAGUUCGAAGCGAAAGCAACUGCAGCCGCAGAAUGAGCCGAGACUGCGAAAUUAUGGCAAGUUCGGUGAACGUUCUACAAACGCUAACGACUUACCUCAGCAGACUGGACACGUCGACUGGCGACUGAAGGGACAUCCUCAGAGCAUGUGUGGACGCGGCUAGAGUGCAUUGAUGAGGACUGAAAUGAAGGUUGUUUCCGCGAUCCCAGUGAAGGGGCCCUCAGCACAAUGUGUACAUACUCACUUUCAUGAAACAGGUCCGGUGACGAGUUGUGCUUGAGAGAACUGAUGUUCUGAGGCUGGAACGACAUAGAAGGGACAAACACAUACAAAGCCUCAAUUUGCCUAAGAAAUUAACGAUGAAAGAUGAAAGUCAACUGAAAAGGUUACCAGCUGUAGGAGUCCAACCCACAUCUUCUGGAUUGCCGGUCCAGGGCUCUAUCAAUUGAGCUAAGCUAACACGCCUUCUCUGCGACUUCCAGGGUGCGUCAUCUGAAGGGACAAACCAGCCGCUCUCUCUCUCACUUAUCCUCCUUUCACU